AUGUCUACACGUACUCAACCCACGCCUGUCGUCCUAUGCGGCAGGAAAACCGCAAUCGGUGGACCCGUCUCCCAGGUUCUGCUCCCUGAAUACGAGGUCAUACAUUUCAUCCAGUCUUAUGAAGCAGCAGAAGCAGAGCUCCCCCAUCUCCUCACAGGUCGCGACCCCCAGUCGCAGAACCCCAACGAUGUCGGCACCCAUGAUUACACCAGACCCGCUCGGGCAGUAAUUUUUGGUCGCGGCUUUGAGCCCAAACAAGUUGAGGCGCUCAAGGACAGGUUCGGCGCCAGUGCGAAAGAGCCUGUUGCCUGGAUCGCGGGUAAUCCAGCGGACGUGCCUGUGGGAGCUCCAGGCCCGGACUACGCAGUGAAAGUGGCUCAGGGUGUCAAAGUCGUGCUUGAGAGGUGGAAAACCGGCGACCAACCCAAGGAUGAGUUGAUAAUGUACUGA